ACGUCAUGGCGCCCUUGCCUACACCAUCCGACCUCUCGUAAACAUUGCAGUUCAUUCGCGUCUUGAAAGCUCCUCCUCACCCCAAUGUACUGAUUCGUUGUUGCUGAAAUUCUCACCGUCCGUCAGUCUUUCGCCGACUACCUCUCAUCGUCACUGGUUGGUAACCAACCGGUCUCAAAUGUGUGUGCGCGCCGUAGAGCGAAUUCCAGUCAUCGUCGCUGAGAGGCUGUAGGCUGGCUGUAGGCUGUUGGUAGGCUGCAGGCUGUAGGCUCGUCGUCAUACUGAUUCGUUGUCGCGUGCGAGCGAAUUCCAGUCAUCGUCGCUUAGAGCGAAUUCCAGCGAGCGUUCCAAACACCACUUGGGAAUUAUCGCUACUCGGUGGUAUCCGCUUUCUUCCUCCGUCAGUGAACAGUCACUCCUCCCGAGCCUCGUUGAAGCUUCGUCUGGAUUCGCUAUAAAGCUCCUCAUUUAACGACAGGCGAGACACCCGUCGUUAUGGAGUCGUUUCUAGCAACACUCGGUCUGCUCACCACAUGCCUCCUUCAGGCAGCCUACUGGAACGCCUUCCGAGAAGCGUCCUCGCCGUAUUCCCGGACCGCCAUCUCCACCUACCCCUUCUCCUGCUCUCUCCUCUCCUCCCUCCUCUGGGCCGCCUACGCGCUCCCUAUAGUCACACCCCACCGCAUUCUCUUCCUCCUCGCCCACCUCAUACAGUCAUUCUCCCUCUCUGCGCUCCUCAUUGCCCUCCUUGCGUCUGACUCCUCCAGUUACCGCCUGCGCCUGCUUCAGGUGCUGCAGAUCCUGCCGCCAGUGGCAGGCCUCUCCAUUGUGGCGCUCGUCCUGGGAUACUACUGCUCCACAUCUUU